AUGUGCAAUUUCAUAAUUCAAGCUUUAUCAUUCACUACAGAUUUUAUUGAGCUGAAGUUGGGUAACGCUGACAUUAUUUUGGGAAUCCAUUGGCUUCGGACUUUAGGGAAGUGUCAAGUGGAUUGGGAUAUUCAUGAAUUAACAUUCAGGUAUCAUGGUGAAUGGGUUACUCUUCACGGAGAUCCCUUACUGCAUCAGGGACGAGUUUCUUUAAAGUCGAUGCAACCGUCUUUGACGAUACAACACAAAGGGGCUCCACUCGUUUUUCCAAGAAUACAGCUGGGAACACAACAGUUACAAGAAGUUUACCCUGAGCUGGAAUCCAAAUUAGAGGAGUACACCUGUGUUUUUGCAGAACCAACUAGCUUACCACCAGUCAGAGGGCGAGAACAUUCAAUUAAUUUGUUGCCAGGAAGUGGACCAAUUAGCGUCCGACCAUAUCGAUAUCCUCACGCGCAGAAGGAAGAAAUGGAGAAGCAAGUAAGCGUCAUGUUGGCAACAAGAAUUAUCAGGCCUAGUCACAACCCUUUUUCGAGUCUUGGUCUUUUGAUCAAGAAGAAAGACAGCAGCUGGAGAUUUUGUGUGGAUUAUAGGGCGCUAAACAGGGCUACUGUCGCAGACAAGUUUCCAAUUCCGAUGAUUGACCAGCUCCUGGAUGAGUUGAAUGGAGCACAGAUUUUUUCCAAGCUUGAUCUUCGCUCUGGCUACCACCAAAUCCGAAUGCAGGAGAAAGAUGUCAAGAAAACCGCUUUUAGGACUCAUGAUGGCCAUUACGAGUUUCUGGUCAUGCGGUUUGGGCUAACGAAUGCUCCAGCUACAUUUCAAGCUUUGAUGAAUGAACUCUUCAGACCUUUCUUGAGGAAGUUUGUGUUGGUGUUCUUUGAUGAUAUUUUGGUUGAGUAUCUUGGACAUAUAAUCACGUCUGAAGGAGUUUCUACCGAUCCCGGCAAGACCGCAGCAGUUCAAGAGUGGCAAUUUCCCAAAUCAGUGAAGGAGUUGCGAGGUUUCUUGGGUUUAACAGGAUAUUAUAGACGCUUUGUUCAGAACUAUGGUUUGAUUGCUCGACCUCUUACAGAGUUGUUGAAGAAGGAGAAGUUUCAAUGGUCUUCUACUGCUCAAGCUGCUUUCGAAUCUCUUAAGAAGGCUAUGGUUUCUGCCCCAGUUUUAGCUCUACCUGAUUUUAAUGAGCUUUUCAUUGUUGAAUCGGAUGCUUCUGGAUUUGGCAUUGGUGCUGUUCUAAUGCAAAACAAGAAGCCUAUUGCUUACUUCAGUAGAGGCUUAUCCUUGCGCGAACAGCUGAAGCCUAUAUAUGAGCGAGAAUUGAUGGCCAUCGUGAUGGCAAUUCUAAAAUGGAAGCAUUAUCUGAUGGGAAGAAAAUUUGUGGUGUGA